AUGCCCUUAGAUGAAAUAUUGUUUGAGGGCUUCUUACAGAAAAGAAAAGAUACUUUGAAAUUGAAAUGGGUGACGUAUUGGUUCAGGCUCCAAAACACAACCUUGUUCUUUUAUACCCAGAAGAAUGGAAAUGCUUCACAUUUGAGAGGAUAUUACUACAUUUUCACAGUGCAAUCAGUGAGAGAGGUCCAGAGUGUUGGCAGCAAGCGCUUCAUGUUUGAGCUCAUUAUGACCAACGGGAAAAGGAAAGUUUUGGCUGCAGAGACAGCUGCCCUCAGAAAGGAGUGGGUAGGACACCUAUGGCAAGCAAUGCAACUUUCUACCUCUGCGGUUUCGGAGCACAAAAGCAAACACCUCCAAGUGUGUGAGCAGCAAGAGAGACAUAGCAGCAGACCUGUCUCCUCAGACGUUGACAGUAUAAUGGAGUCACUGCCAGUUCGGCCCCUCUCAGCUCCCCCCCCAACAAACUACAUCCACCAUGAGAGCCCUACCAUCCUUGUCAACCCAUCUGAGGAGCUGUACGACGUUCCUUCACAAAACCCACGGCCAGCCUGUAACUACCAGCAACACAACAGUGACAAUCUCAACAGUGAUCAAUGGUCCAGUGCGGUGAAUAAUAUGGGGGCCAAAGAAGGAGACUAUGAUGUUUUACCCAUCAGAAACAAAAUGUGCACCAUCAACUCUUCACCUCAGAUGGGCGAGGGUGUGUACGAUGUUCCUGUCUCUUGGAGAGCUUCUAACCAUCAAAACCCUACAGAGAACGUCUAUGAUGUACCGAGCUCUAUUUUGAGACAGACGCCUGAUCACACUCAAGUUGCAGAGGAGCAGCCGGAGGAAGGAGCUUACUGGACGAUAGAGUAUGCGGACCAGACAGACGACAGCAGUGGACCGGAAAGCAGCAGCAACCAACUCUGA